GCGAGCUUUACUGGUGUGCAGGCUAUUCAAUGGAAAACGAAAGCUAUUACUAUUCUCCCCAUGGCGUCCAGCAACGUAAAUGACCCUAGUCAAGGGAAUAGCUACCAGGAGGACUUCAGCUGCUCUGAGAGUAACUCUGAGAGUAGUGCUACAGAAGAGGAAUCAGACAGUGAUGCAGCAGGAAACCGUCAGGGGCACACUCCAUCUACCUCAGCCCAGUGUCAGAAGGCCAGAACUAAGCCCGAUCAGGAAGAGCCUUGCAGGUACUACAACAGUGGUCACUGCCAGGAUGGGAAAAGGUGCCACUACCUACACGUCUGCAAAAACGCCCUGAAAGGCAACUGUCGCAAUGGGACCAAGUGUCGCCUCAAGCACCCCAGCUCCUCCUCUGACAGAGAUGGAGGUGGUGGGAGGAGAGAAAGGAGGAGGUCUUCAUCUGGAGGAAGAGGUGGAAGGAGGGACAGGAGGAGGUCUUUAUCUGGAGCGAGCAGAGACGGGGCCAGGGAAAGGUCUUCAUCUAGAGGGACUCAGCUUGACUUUAGCGGGCCCUACAAAUGGCAGUUGGACGAUGGACAUGGUUGGAAGGACAUAGCCAACGAUCACAUCCUGGAGGCACAGUACUCCCAACCCAACACCAAGGGCAUCAAUAUCUACAACACCCCCUAUGGGGCAGUGAGUAUUGAUUUCAAGGCGAUCAGAGUCCGCGGUAAGAAGAAUCUGAGGGUGAGGCGUUUGGAUGGUCAGCAAACAGAAUGGAUCUGGUUCUACUCUAAUAGCAAAGGCUGGACCAAGUAUGGAGAAAAGGAUCCCAAGGGAAACCCAGGCCCCAUCCAGAGUUCUGAGAUCGAGAAGAAAUUCCAAAGCAACCAUAACGGUUCUCUCACGUUCAACAUCGGCUCCGAUACCUUCGAGAUCCGAUUCAGACAAAUGAGACAGGUGAGCGGCAAGAGGAAGAGAAAAGUUGUCCGUCGUCCAAAGUACCAACCACCCCAAAGCGGAAAUCUAACUGGUCGAGUGACGUCUGCUUUCCAGAGAAUAAAGAUGUCCCCAGCGGGCCAGAGUGGAUCUCCAGAGUGGCAGUUUGGGGGGAAAAGUGGGCGAUGGCACACCUUCAAAGACAGUGCAAGCUCAGUGUCCAGUGCUGACAUUGAAGACCAGUACCAGCAGGACUCCAAUGGAUCCAUGUCCUUCACUGUAAAUGGACAGGCCUACAAGCUGGACUUCUCAGCCAUGAAGCAAACCAACCUGUCUACAAGGGUGACCCGCAACAUCAGGCGGAAGUAGAAUUGUUGGGUUGCUAUUGUUUACAUGCAAGAACCUGCCAUUAGCUCACUAACGAAAUACACGUCUAUUGCAGAAAAGGCCUACAGUAUUGUACUGUACUGUACUUAAUAAUAACAAUAAUACUUUUUGACUACAGAUAUUGGAUAUACUCCUGUAGACACUGUGUAUGAAACAACAUACACACACAAGAAAAAACUGUUUACCUUUUUUUGUGUGUAUUUUUUUGCCCUGCAAAAGCAAAGUGCAGUAUCUGAAAAUGUGGUAAAAAAAAAUGUUUUAUCUGUUGUAAUGGCCUGGUGUAAUAUGUGAUAAUAAGGCAUUUAGUUUCCUGACAAGAACAAGCUAGUCAGAAUAUAUCAUGAAGUACCAGAAAUUGCUGUAUGUCUGGACAGAAAAAUACUUUGAAGUCAGAUUUUGAAGUUUAUUAUUUUAAGCAGAUAGUGCACUUUGCCUUUAUAGGGUAUACAUAUAUGAUGAAUGCUGUAGCAAACUGCCAUGCUCAAGUAACUGGGACAUUUAGUUAGAUAACGUUUGUGUGCAUGAUGUUGAAAUGUAGGUAAUAAUACCUUUUAUCUCUGGUGUUGUUUGAAAAGAUGGGAAUAUUCAGAGCCAUAAUUAAAUAAGCCUUAGUAUACACACUUAAAAUAUUAGCACUUUGAAUCAAGGGUAAUCUCCAAUGAUGUGUAUAUAUACAUUACCGUUCAAAAGUUUGGGGUCACUUAGAAAUGUCCUUGUUUUCCAUGAAAAC